CCCGGGCCCCCGUGACCCGCUGCUCUGGGUCUCCCGCAGGCCUCACCGCGCGCAGCCCCCGGACUCCGGCCAGGCCGACUCGCAGGACUAAUUGGAAUUCUUCAAAAUGUCAGGCGCAGUCCCCACAGCCCCUGAGCAACCUGCAGAUGAAAUGGAGAAUCAAGUAAAGGCUCCCGAUCCAGGGCCUGAUAAUCCUCCUGACUACGAGUCCCAUUUUGUACAAGCUGUCCUUCUACCUGCCGGCUACCCAGGAGGCUUGCCUACAAGAUACUACAGUCCACAGCAGCCCAGUACCUUCCCCUUGUACCAGCCAACUGGUGGUGUCCAUCCUAUCCAGUACCAGCCUGGCAAAUACUCUUUGCCAAAUCAGUCAGCUCCAAUAACAUGGAUGCCAGGGCCAGCUCUUAUGCCAAACUGUCCUCCUGGUCUAGAAUACUUAGCCCAGUUGGACAACAUACACGUUCUUCAGCAUUUUGAGCCUCUGGAAAGGAUGACAGGUAUUGAAACUAAUAAUAGAUAUGAUAUUAAAAACAACCUGGACCAGAUGGUGUACAUCGUAACUGAAGAUACAGACGACUUUACCAGAAAUUCUUACCGGACACUAAGGCCCUUCGUCCUCCGGGUCACUGACUGUGUGGGCCGAGAAAUCAUGACAAUGCAGAGACCUUUCAGAUGUACCUGCUGUUGCUUCUGUUGUCCCUCCACCAGGCAAGAGCUGGAGGUGCAGUGUCCUCCUGGCGUCACCAUUGGCUUUGUUGCAGAGCACUGGAACCUGUGCAGGGCAGUUUACAGCAUCCAAAAUGAGAAGAAAGAAAAUGUGAUGGGAGUGCGUGGGCCGUGCUCAACCUAUGGCUGUGGUUCAGAUUCUGUUUUUGAGGUCCUGUCCCUUGAUGGCGUGUCCAGUGUCGGCAGUAUUAUUAGGAAGUGGAAUGGUCUCUUGUCAGCAAUGGGCGAUGCCGACCACUUUGAUAUUCACUUCCCGUUAGACAUGAAUGUGAAGAUGAAAGCCGUGAUUUUUGGAGCGUGCUUCCUCAUUGACUUCAUGUAUUUUGAAAGAUCUCACCACAACGUUCAUCAAGAUAGAUCAAGACAGUAAAUCAGCAAUUAUAAUUAAUAAAAAAAAAAUCAGAGAAGUUGAUUGGGCUUACAGUCAACCCUCAAUUAUUUGCAAAUACAUUUAUCUGUUUUUGCAGAUUAUUUGUAUCGGGUGUUACUUUGACAGGUAGGCUGAGAGUGUAAGAGCAAGAACAGUCUGUGUAUUUCAAUUGAGUAUCUGUCUCCUUGUCUAUGUGGUAGGCUAGGAGUUCACCCUGAGAACACUAUGACUUGUUAACCAGGUAAAUGUAUCUACAGUGAGCUUGAAAACACUUUAGCAUGAAAUAAGAGAAAAUGCAUCCCAGAGCUCUCAUAUGAAUUAGUGGUAAAAUGACUGGGUCUUUAGAGCAAUCUUUGUGAAGAUAGAGUAAUAUAGCUGCCAUCUCUAAGCCUCUCGUCUCCAUCAACAUGUCCUGUUACUGAAGACAAAUUUGAUUCUAGGUGAAAAGAAUGAUAUUCUUCAUCUGUGAAAACAAAAAGAAGGUAGACAGAAAUAUUAUGUUUUAUCGUACAAGGAAAAUUUUACCUGUGUACAUGUAUCAAAACCUCCUUUUUCAAAGUUUAUAAAAGUUUCAAUGGAAAUUUUGAUUUUAUUAUAAAAUAAAAGGUUUUUUAUAUGAUGAGGUUUAUAUUUUCCAUGUCUGUUCCAUCAUUCACCAGCAUGGGCAAUCAGGAGCUGCCUAUAUAUGGAGACAGGGUCAGGCUAUCAGGGAAAGAGGUGACCAGGGCCACAGCCAAUCUAGAUCUCUGAGAAACUUAGAGACAUCAGCGCCCUGUAAGAAGCUUGCAUUUAAUGCAUUUAACCUCUCUUGGUCACAGAUGCCUUAUAUAUAAUAUAUGUUGGGCCAAAUCUCUAAGAUUGCCUGUUGAACCUUUGUAUCUCAUUUGAUGUGACACAGAGGAUAUAAUUAUUUUUUCUUUCAAGAAGAUCCCUGAUAAUCACCGUGCUGUUCUAAUUGCAAGCGUGGAGUUUUGUUUUUAAAUUUUGAAAUGUGACAUUCUGUGUAGCGCUUUGUAAAAGCAAAAACUACAAAUUCUGACACUGCCUAACAUUGCUUUUCUGCUUUUUAUUUAAAUGAUAGAUAAAUCUAUAUCUUUGCAAAGAAAAUAAUAAAACACAGCAAACAUGCUACUUCUCUGGGAUCUAUAGCUUAUCAGUAAAGAUUAUGUAGGCUCAACAUAGUUAAAGUAUAAACUGUGCUUGUUUGUAUUAACUAGUUAAAAGCAUAGUGUGUUAGUGAAGACACUGAUAAGUCAACUUGCAACUAUUGCACUUUAGCUUCCUAUCUGGACAUGGACUGUGUUCUUUCAACACAGCCAGUACGUAGACUGGAAUGGAUUCUUCUGCGGCUCCUUAUCAAAUAGAGCAAGCCUGAGUGUCCUUAGAUGUGGUUGUUCUGUGGCCUUCACCUGCAGUUCUUAUGGGAGUGAAAGAAAGGUGCCUUGUUUUUUAAUGAUACUUAUCUUCUCAUGGUAAAAGUUGUUUCACUCAGUUUCUUGUAAUGUUCGUUGUUAUGUACUACGCCUAGCUUUUUUAAACAAAAUGUUAAAACUGCUGCCUUCUAAAAUAAUAAUUACCUUAUAUUUGUAAGUGCAGUUGCAGUCUUAAACAGACAUGUAUAUUAUUUCUUAUAAUGAUGUCAGAUAUUUUAUAUAGAAAAUCAGACAAAUAGUAUUCAGAAAGUUUAUCUAUAUAAACUUUCCACUUUUACUUGCCUACAUUCCUUCAUCCCAGGACCUGCUGCAUAA